AUGUAUUAUGUGCCAGUAGUGUGUGAUGAAAGAGAUCAAAGAACCAAUUUAUGUGACUAUGACCAGUUGGAUCUUUCACAAAUUAUACAUCCAUUAUUUGGAACCAUUGCCCAGAAUCAUGAACAUGUAAUAUUGACAGUUGAGAAAUUAACAGAUUUCAUAGAAGGAAAAGCACUUAGAAGGAAAAAUGCUAAUACAAUAGCCCAAUUUAACUGGGAUGAUGUUAUUAUGAGACAUGGCUGCUUCGCUGUAUUAGUGUCAGAUAGUGGAACAAAAUUUAAGAAUAAGAUAUUAGCAGAAUUAGCAACUAGAUUAAAUGAUUUAGUAUUGGUGUAUGAUUCGACAUUAGAUACUACAUCCCGAAAAUUGGAUUACCGAUGGAUGGGGCCAUAUCAGGUUAGAAAAAUUAGAAAGUAUGGGCAGGUGUACUUGAAUGAAUUAGGUGGCUGUGAAAUAACAGAUCCAAUAACAAGAAAUAGAGUGAAGAAGCUAUUUACCUGGAAUACCAAUUGUCAAGAAAAACUUGAUUUAGAUGAAAUACUGUACGAUUUUGAAGAUAAAGAUCUCGAGGACGAGGAUCUAAGGGGUCCAGCUCGUGUCGCAUAG